UAUCUCCCUUGUGGCGGUUUAAAACAGCACGUGUGUUUUUUCGACCAAGCUACGGAUUUCAAAUAAUGUCAAAGAUGAGUUGUAAGUGUGUAGACAAUACAGAUAUUCUACUGCAAAUAUUGGAUGAAUUAAAGAAGCACACAAAAUAUCAUGAAGAAAAAGAAAAAGAAAAAGAGCCAAGUCCAGUUAAAAAGAACCCUACAGGACAAAAGAAAUCAACUUUGACUCAAAGAGCUCAGGAGUUGUACAUCAAGAACAGAGUUAGUAAAGAAGAUGGUGAAGAUGGAGGUGGUGAUGCUGCCCAUGAUCACUACCUAAAGAAAUGGAAGAGCUUAAGUGAAGAAAGAAGAAUAAGUGGAAGAAGAAAGCAGAGAAAGUAGCACAAGAUGUAGC